AUGUCCACUGAACACCCGGUAGAUGUCUUGAACACAGUCAAUCUCGUCACACAAUGUCUGUGUAUUCCAAUCGUUACUCUCUUCGUUUGUUUGCGUUUUUAUACCCGGAUUCGUUUUAAGCAGUCCCUGGGGGUGGAAGAUUAUGGCUGUCUGAUCGCCUGGCUCCUGUUCAUGGGAUACUGUGGAAUCAGUAUCGUCGUGGGCAAUCAUGGUGGAGGAUAUCACUUCGACCAACUCGACCCAGCGACAAAAAUCCAAUUCAAAAAGUUCUGCUACAUCGCCACCAUUCUUUACUGUCCCAUGGCACUUUUCGUCAAAAUCGCCCUCCUCUCCAUUCUCACCCGCAUCUUCGCUCCUUACCGCGGUAAAGUCUGGUUCAUCUAUAUCUUCCUCGCCUGUCUCUGCUGUUACUACACCGUCGCUCUCAUCGUCAAGAUCCGCAUGUGCGACCCUAUCCCCAUGUACUGGCUCGGCAAUGUGCCCGGCGGAACAUGCCUCGACCAGACCGCGGCCCUCAUCGCCGAUUCCGUGAUUAGUGUCGUCAGUGACAUCAUCAUUCUUGUGCUUCCUCUGCCAUUGACUUGGUCUCUGCAAAUGUCACGCAACCGCAAGUUGCGGGUCAUGGGUCUGUUGGGUGCCGGUGGACUGGCUACUGGGUUCAGUCUGUACCGUCUGGUGCUCGUGCUGAGCAAGGGCAACUCGCCUGAUCAGAGCAUCGUGUUCAUCUGCGUUAUUCUAUCCGGAAACGCCGAGGGUGGCAUGGGAUUGAUCUGUGCGUGUCUGCCUGUCCUCAACGUCUUGCUCGCCUACUACAAGAAGGAGUACUCCACGCAGAAGUACUACCAGAACGGAUCAAACGUCCCACUCAGCGAGAGAAAGACAGGUGCCACAUCGAAGGCUGCUUCGGAGUGGGACAAGGCCACGAGCUUUGGCGACCAAAGCCAUUUGAUCUCGUUUGCUGGUGCCCCAGAGGCAGAGAGUGCUGAUUCUAUCUACAAUCAGGAUGGCAUCAGGAAGACAGUCGCCGUGUCGCAGACUGUUGAGUCCUCAUCAUAG